CCCCGCGCAAGCGCAAGAGGGAGGGACUCCCGGGAGGACAAGCCUGUCCGGCGGUCAGGGCUAGAUGUGGGUUCGGACACAUCUGCACUUGGAGACGCGGGAGCCAUGGCGCUGCACGGCAUCUCGGUGCUAGAGCUGGCCGGCCUGGCCCCGGGCCCGUACUGCGGUAUGGUCCUGGCGGACUUCGGGGCGCAGGUGGUGCGUGUGGACCGGCUGGGUGCCCGCAGGGACUUGAGCUUCUUGUCCCGGGGCAAGCGCUCCCUGGCAGUGGACCUGAAGCGGCCGCAGGGGGCGGCUGUGCUGCGGCGCCUGUGCGCCCGGACAGAUGUGGUGCUGGAGCCCUUCCGCCACGGUGUCAUGGAGAAACUCCAGCUAGGCCCAGAGGUUCUGCGGAAGGAGAAUCCAAAGCUUAUCUAUGCCAGAUUGAGUGGAUUUGGCCAGUCUGGAAGAUUCUCUAGAGUGGCAGGCCAUGACAUCAACUAUUUGGCUUUGUCAGGUGUCCUGUCAAAAAUUGGCCGAAGUGGUGAGAAUCCAUUUCCCCCACUGAAUCUACUGGCUGACUUUGGCGGUGGUGGCCUCAUGUGCACACUGGGCAUCCUCUUGGCUCUAUUUGAACGCACGCGCUCUGGCAAAGGUCAGGUCAUUGACGUAAGCAUGGUGGAAGGAAGCGCAUACCUGAGUUCUUUUCUGUGGAAAUCUCAAAAAACAGGACUGUGGGAACAGCCUCAAGGACAGAACUUACUAGAUGGUGGAGCACCUUUCUACACAACUUACAAGACAGCAGAUGGGGGGUUCAUGGCUGUUGGAGCAUUAGAGCCCCAGUUCUACAAGCUGCUGAUCAAAGGACUUGGGCUAAAGUCUGAUGACCUUCCUCAUCAGAUGAGCAUGAGUGAUUGGCCAGAAAUGAAGAAGAGAUUUGCAGAUAUAUUUGCAAAGAAGACAAAGGCAGAGUGGUGUCAGAUCUUCGACGGCACAGAUGCAUGUGUGACCCCAGUUCUGACGUUUGAAGAGGUUGCCCACCACCAUCAUAACAAAGAACGGGGCUCGUUUCUCACUGAUGAGGAGCAGGGUGUGAGUCCCCGCCCUGCACCGCUGCUGUCAGACACCCCAGCUGUCCCUUCAUCCAGAAGGGAUCCUUUUGUAGGAGAACAUACUGAAGAGAUACUUCGAGAAUUUGGGUUCAGCCAGGAAGAGAUCAAUCAGCUUACCUUAGAUAAAAUUAUUGAAAGUAAUAAGCCAAGAGCUAAUCUCUAAGUUUCAGGCCUCCUGUGAAUUGAAUUUGAGUAUUCAAUUUGAAUGAAUUUGAAUUUGAAUAUUACAUGUUCAAUAUAGAAUAAUACAUAAAAUUCUAAGUAUGGAAACAUGAAGGAACAGUGGAUCAAUUGUUCUAAUCAAGAAACAAGACUGAUUACUGAUUGAAUUUUGAAAAUGGUUAACAUCAUAGCUUUUGAUUUAGGAAUGUUUUCAUUUUACCGCUAUUAAAUGGUAACAGUUUUUCUGCCUUUCAAUUUGAUAGAUUAUGUUUUUAAUAUUGAAAUGUUAAUUGGGUACCUGAGUGGCUCGGUCAAGCAUCUGCAUUUGGCUCAGGUCAUGAUCUCAAGGUCCUGGGGUCAAGCCCCGCCCACAUCAGGCUCUCUGCUCAGCAGGGAGUCUGCUUCUUCCUCUCUGUGGGCACACAUGCCUACACAUGCACACCCACGCGCAUGUGUGUGCUCUCUCCCUCAGCUCAUUCUCUCUUGCUUUUUCUCAAAUAAAAUCUUUUAAAAAAAUUAAAAUGUUAACAAUGUACCUUAAAUGAAUAAAUAUAAUGCUUUUUAUUAAAUAAAGCCUUUUCUCUCCUAAAGUUUAAUUAUGCUUUUAAGUUUGUGAAAAGCUUUUAAGAAAGUCCUUUAAAUAGCCCUUAAAAACCAUUUUGUGGCUCAUUGAAAUAACUUUGUCUCUACUAUUUACCAAAAUGAAGUCCUUAGAUAGAAAAGUCUAAUCCUCUUUAUGUGAUAAGAAAAUCAUUCAACCAGUCUCUUUGAAUUGGAAUUUUAGAAAAUGUUCUUGAGAUUUCUUUCUUAUAAUCCCCACUCUUCAUCUAGACCACCAUACUGAGAGUCUGGCUCCUCUGUGUGGCUGCCUCUUAGCAUCACCCACCCAUGUCUCUUUCUCAGUAAAUUAUCAUCCAUUUGGAAGUCCUAGACUCUUCCUCCUCUUACCAGUCUCCAGCCUCCAUUCCCAUCAUGUCUGCCUCUGCCCCAGUAGACCCAUGACUUAUCCCUCAGUUCACCUUCAGGCCCCCUGCCCAACUGUCACCUUAAGGAGCACCCUUACCUGACCCCUCCCUAGAAUGGCAGCCACUUCAUCAUUCACUCUCUCCUCACCCAUUUUGUUUUCCUUCAUGUCAUAUAUCAUUAAUGACAUUAUACUGAAUAGCCCCAGCCCUCUUAACCAACUGCCUCUUAACCAAGGCACCCUAGAAUGAAAGCUUUAUGAAGGACUUUGUGGGUUUUGGUCACUGCUGAAUACCCAGUCCCAAGAACAGCAACUAGCCCAUAGUGGAAACUUCGUAAAGCUUUAAUAAAGAAGUACAUCUCAAUAGUCAAGUGCUGUCAGUUCCAUCUUCAUAGCUCUGGAACAGUCCUUUCUGCCCAAAACCCUUUGUGCCUUCAUUCAGGUUCCUGUUAUCUCUGCCUUGGCCUGCUCAGCUUGCCUUCCUGACUUCUGACCUCCAGUAUGACUGCCUUCAUUUUUUUGGUAUCAUGUUUACUGGUAAUCUUUAUCCUACCAAACUGGUCUUUCAGUCCUGUAAAAUUCCUCAAUGGUCCUCUCUUUUUCUUGUAUAACAAAAUGUAAAUCCAUUUAUAUAGCAUAUCAAUUCUUUAUUUAUAACAAGACUUCUCCCUAGCUGUCUAGUCCUACCCGCACUCCCUGCUCCCCAGAACUUUACAAGGCACUGCCUUAAGUUCAUAAUUAUGUGGCGCUCUCUCUUGCUUCCAUUCCUUUCCAAAUUCUAAAGUGUUAAAGCAGCACUAACAAUACUCCUAGUCCCUUUUGCUCCAUGUUCCUGAUUUAGCAAACUGAGACCUGGCUGAAACACAGCCUUCUUUGUGAAACUUCCUAUGUGUCUCAGCCCUAGGGCAGUUUCAUACAGUGGUUGUGAAAUUUGGAGUCAGAAAAGUCUUGGGUUCAAAUAUCACUCAAUCACUCUGGUGUCUAAGACAAGGCCCACUAUGUGCCUGGAACAUCCUAGGUGCUCAGUAAUUUUUAGUUCUAUUCUUAGGGGCCCUUUCUAUGUUUUCGUUGCGCUUAAUACAUUUAUCCAAAGGUAGUCAUUGCUUAUAAUGUAGUUUACAUAUCUCUUCAUGAGUCAUAAGCUCCUAGAGUAGUUGCUUUAGCACACAGAAUAAUCAUCUGGAGAUACUGUUAAAAUGUGGAUUUCUAGGCCCACCCCUAGAGAUUCUCAUGCACUAUGUCUAGGGCUAGACCCAUGAAUCUGCAAUUUUGCCAAGCUUCAAGCUGAUUAUCAUACUGCUGGUUCAAAGCCCACACUUUGAGUGGCACUGUCCUAAUGGAUAUGAACCAAGUCUUUUUCCCUUUGUUACUAUCAUAAUAGGUGCUCAAAAAAUAUCUGCUGAAGGGCUGAUGAGGGGAAGAAUAAAAGCUAGUUGGCAAAAAUCUGUAAAUAAAUAGAUGUGUUAGCUCAAAAUAUUGAUUUCUGUAGUUAAUUGACUUCAUAUCAAAUGUUUGAAAAAUUGUUUUCUGUAGAGUAUAAACUUUUAAAAAAUACACGUAUAUAAAUAAAGUUAAUAAUCGUUUUUUUAAAAGAUUUUAUUUAUUUGAGAGAGAGAGAGAAUGAGAGAUAGUAUGAGAGGGGGGAGGAUCAGAGAGAGAAGCAGACUCCCCGUUGAGCAGGGAGCCUGAAGCAGGACUCCAGAAUCAUGACCUGAGCUGAAGGUAGCUGCUUAGCCAACUGAGCCACCCAGGCACCCAAUAACAGCUUUUGUUAGUGACCCAUACUUUGCUUCUGAAGAGUCUAAGACCUUGUGCAGAAAAUGCUACACUUUCUCUUUUGUUGAUCUUUUGACAAAGUAUAGACUUGGGAAUAGGCAAGGGGGCAGGCGAGAAGAACGUAGGAGGCUAUAAGAAGAAUGGAGGGGAAGCAGGAAAUUGAAGAUGGCAAAUUCUAAUGAAGGACAGAUUAUAUUCUUGAAUACAUAGAAAUUUUAUUCUUGAAUGUAUAGUUUGAUAUACACUGAUUUGCACUUUUCUCUUGAUCCUACAAUGUAGGAAGUGAUACAAACUGUCUGGUGAUAAAUAAAUACCAUGGAACAAGA